AUUGUGGAGAUGAGAGUGCACAUGGACUGUCCUGGAUGUGAAAGCAAGAUCAAGAAAGCUCUACGGAAACUUGAUGGGGUUGAUAACGUUGAUGUGGACAUGGGCAUGCAAAAGGUGACAGUCACUGGCUAUGCAGACCAAGAAAAGGUUCUCAAAACUGUGAGAAAAACCGGAAGACUAGCUGAGCUAUGGCCAUUUCCAUACAACCCUGAAUAUCAUGAUUUCAACUAUGCAUACUACAGUCACUACUACAGAAAUCCGGCAACCAACUUCAGCGUUAAUCCGGAGAAUUAUUUCGCCUCUGAGGCUACCGUUUUCACCAAACAUGACAAGUAUUCUUUCUCUUCAUACAAUUAUGAGGUGCAUGGAUACAAUGGCCAUGAUCAUGGUUACUAUCACAAACCACCUUUCUCGACUGUGAUCGAUGAUAGGACCAGGGACAUGUUUAGCGAUGAAAAUGCUCAUGGUUGUUCUAUAAUGUGA